AUGGAAGCUCCUAACCUCCAGUCGACGCGCAACCGGCAAGAAAGAGAACCUAGGACCAGGAAAGGCACCGGCCGCGCAGGAGAAGACCACGGGCUGAGGUGGGCGAUUACCCCGUUCCUGAAGCGAGGCCCAGCUAAGGGACCUGUGCGCCACCAGUCACAGAGAGGCAACCUGCCUGGCAGGGAAGAAGUAUGGACUGGCUUCCGGCAGCUGAGAUCAGCUGCCUUUCACCUUCCACAUAGAACCACCGGCCCUGCUUGGCCCUGUCGCAUGCGUGCAAACGCUCCCGUGUCCGAAAGUCAUUCGUGGGGGACCACUUUUGUAUGGGGUGGUCCGUGCGUCCACCCGUUUUCCCAUACAAAGUGGGCCACCCAACUUCGCCCCCUACCCGGGCUGUAA